AAGGUGGUAUUUUCUACGACACAUUCCAAGUACUACAAAACCACAUGAAACUCCACUCCACUCCACUCCACUUGGCCACAUCAAAAUCAAUCUCACAUGUAAAACUCCCUCAUUUUCUCAACCCAUUAAUACAAGCCUUACCUUUCAAUGAUGGAACAUCAUAGCCCCACUCCGUCUUCUCCGCCACCAUCACCACCACCACCACCACCACCAAAAACCUACAAACUAACCGCCACUUCCAUCUCCUACACAAAAACCACCACAAACAACUCCACUACAUCAUCCUUCACACCAACCUUCCUCUUCAAAGAUUGCACCUCCACCCCACCAACCUACAUUCUCCAAGACAUCUCCCUCACCGCCUACCCUUCCCAAAUCCUCGCCAUCGUCGGACCGAGCGGCGCCGGAAAAUCCACCCUCCUCGACAUCCUUGCCGCUCGAACAUCCCCCACUUCCGGCACCCUCUUCCUCAACUCCCACCCCAUCUCCCCUUCCUCCUACCGUAAACUCUCCGCCUACGUCCCUCAACACGACGCGUGUCUCAACCUCCUCACCGUCUCCGAAACCUUCACCUUCACCGCCCGCCUCCUCCACCCCACCUCCUCCUCAAACUCCAUCUCCGCCGUUGUCACCACCCUCUUAUCGGAGCUCCGCCUAGGCCAUCUAUCAAACACUUCAUGCCAAAAAGGCUUAUCCGGUGGCGAAAGGAGACGAGUCUCGAUCGGACUAAGCCUAUUACACGACCCCGGAAUCCUCCUCCUCGACGAACCAACCUCCGGUCUCGACAGCGGUUCAGCCUUCAACGUCAUGCAAACCCUAAAAUCAAUCUCAAUAUCUCGACAUCGAACCGUCGUCGUUUCAAUCCACCAACCAAGCUUCAAAAUCCUCUCAACAAUCGAUCAAAUCCUCUUACUAUCAAAAGGAAAAGUCUUACACCAUGGAAGCUUAUCUUCCUUACAAAACCACCUCACUUUCCAUGGCUUCAUCGUCCCACCACAACUCAACGCUUUAGAAUACGCCAUGGAAAUACUCAACCAACUCCCUAUCCCUCCAUCACCAACCCACAAUAACACAAACAAUUACGGUAACAAAAUCGAGAUAAAGGAAAAGAUCAAGUACAAAAGCUCACGUGUGCAUGAGAUCAUCACACUUUCUAGAAGGUUCUGGAAGAUUAUAUACCGAACGAAACAACUUCUUUUGACAAACACAUUGGAAGCACUCAUUGUUGGUCUUGUAUUAGGUACAAUUUACAUCAAUAUAGGGUAUAACAAAGAAGGGAUUCAAAAAAGAUUAGGGCUUUUUGCCUUCACUCUUACGUUUCUUCUUUCUUCCACAACCGAAACCCUACCAAUCUUCAUUAAUGAAAGACCAAUCUUAUUAAGGGAAACUUCAAGUGGGGUUUAUAGGGUUUCUUCUUACCUUAUAGCUAACACAAUCGUUUUCCUUCCUUAUUUGUUAAUCAUUUCUAUAAUUUACUCUUUUUCGGUGUAUUUUUUAGUAGGUCUUUGUGCCACGUGGCUGUCUUUUGGAUACUUUGUGCUAGUGAUAUGGGUUAUUGUACUUAUGGCGAACUCUUUUGUCCUUUUCCUUAGCUCGGUGGCGCCGACGUACAUCGCCGGAAGUUCGUUGGUGACGGUCAUCCUCGCCGGAUUCUUCCUCUUUUCCGGCUACUUUAUUGGGAAGGAGAGUAUGCCUAAGUAUUGGGUUUACAUGCAUUACUUGUCAAUGUACAAGUAUGCCCUUGAUGCUUUGCUUAUAAAUGAGUACUCUUGUCUUGUUAAUAAGUGUUUGGUUUGGUAUGAAGGGAGUAAGAGUUGUAUGGUGACGGGGCAUGAUGUGUUGGAAAAGAGAGGGUUACAUGAAGGGCAAAGAUGGAAUAAUGUUUAUGUUUUGAUUGGGUUUUUUGUUCUCUAUAGGGUUCUUUGUUUGUUUGUCUUGAUUAGGAGGGUUUCAAGGUCCAAAAAAUGAUGUUAAUUAAGGAUCAAUAACAAAUUAUUGUGAUUUGUUGAACAUAUCAAAUUAAUCUCAAAGUCUCCAAUUAUUAAUUCGUGGGCA